UAACUGCCCUCCCACCCUCAGAACAGAGGAGAACAAACUGAGCUGUGAAGUUGUUUUGCUGAUCUGAAAACAGAUAUUCUUCAAGUCAUGUAUCGAUCUGGGAACCAUGGAGAAACUGACGGGGUUUUUGCUGCUGUUGGCGGCGCUGAACUUCGCUCUAGCCCAGGACACCCCAAAAUACUUCCAGGAUGGCGGGGAGCUAAUGAUGGACGUGAGGCCUCGUCCUCCUGAACCUCUCACCAGCAUCGUGUGGAGGUAUCAGGGUAACCUGGUAGCUGAGUGGGUCAAAGAUCAAGUCAGAGGUUCAGAUUUAGUCCCUUUGACUUAUUACAGAACCUUUGAUGGCCGCUCAACCCUGGAUUCAACCACUGGACGUUUGGUAAUCAACAUGGCUAAAGCUGACACUGGUGUGUAUUCAGUGACAGUCAACAACAAGGUCCAGAAUGAGCGCUAUAACGCUGUAUGGAUCAAAGAAGUCCCCCAGCCUGAGGUGGUGCCGAGACCAUUGACAUGUUCCCCCGAUUCGGACAGUUGUACGCUGACAUGUGACGUAGGCGAUGCAGUCAUCACAGACGCUGCACCGGUCACCUACAGCUGGAAGGAGGGAGACGGAGAGUGGAAGGUGUCGGGAAAGGACUUGGUCAUCACCAAGAGUGAGAAAUUAGAUGUGAAGACCUUCACCUGCCGGAUACAGAACCCGGUCAGCGAGAGAGACAGUAAACCCAGAGAUAACCCGCUCUUAGAGAAGGAGUCAGAAAGCUCUGGAGUUGGGGCGAUUGUGGGUGGCGUCAUUGGGGCCGUCCUUGUGGCUGGGGGUGGGGGUGCGGCUGUAGCUGCGUAUUGGCAUUACCAGAAACGCUCCAGGGUUCAACGGGACUAUGAACGGCCAUGGUUUACAACAAACAACAACAACAAGUUCGAAGAGGCAAAACCACUUCUACUAAAACUGCCGUGAGCGGUCAUUUUGACCGCCAGAUUCCAAACUCCUAUAAUCUCUCAUGAUAAAUACCUAAUUGCGAUAUAGUAUUAUGUAUUGUGUUAGGAUAUCUUCAGAAAAACAUAAUAACCCCGAAAUGUACAUUUUAACGAGUUUAAUUAUACAUUUGAGUAGUAAUACGCGUUUCAAUAAUUAAUAUCGUGGCAUAGUAAAACCGUAAUUAUUUCAUAGCCUACAAUUCCGAAAAAUAUGCUGUGGAAAUUCAUUCAACUUAACUCAUAACAGCCAAAUAACAAUUAAAAGUAUCUUAUCUGAACAUUUAGCUCUAACCUAACCUGGCACCGCCUCCGUUUUGGCUUCUGCUCGGACCGUGCGCCGCUUCCCUUAGGGUUAGGGUGUAUCCCUCACGUGAUGUAAUUCUCCUUGCACAUCGAUCAACUGGUCUAUUGAUGUAUGGUAUAAGGAUAUAUGUGCUAUAAUGCUGUAUAAUAUUCCCAUUUUGAGAAGUGUAAAGGCAUGUACAGGAACGGUGUGUAACUAUAUUUUGUGUACCUACCUCUAUUUUAUUUAAUUUUUUGGGGUUGAGCCUUGGUGGAUGGGUUGGGACGGGUUUGUAAUACAUUGUAUCUUUCUUGUUUCUUGUUUUGUAAAUUGAAAAUCUAUAAAUAAAGUACUGAAAAGAAUA